ACGGCUGAAGUCCUUGUGGCUAUCAGUGGAAAGACGAUAGAACUUUACAAUUUACCUUCAAUGAAGCAAAUGUUCAAGACCGAACUGCCUUCUAAUGGCGAUAACGCUCCUGUUGAUGCAGUUUAUCUUUCCUCGAAAGAUUUUCACGAGAUGGUUACUGUAGGAACCGAUUGCAGGAUAGAUUAUGUUGUCAUCGAUGCAGCCAAGUCAUCCGUAGUCUCUGAAUGGGCACGAGAGGAGAGUCUAGCACGUAUAAGUACUGCAGAAAUGGUUGAUUUACCUCUGUCGGAGUCACAGCAAAUGAUCGAAGACGAAUUUGAUGAAGGAGGUAGAUCAAGUCAUAUAAUGUCGUCCUUCAUUCGCCGAUUGAUAUCUCAAGCGUCACAGAUACAGAAAUGGCUUUUCAACACCGUCAAUCAGAUAUUCACGUUCUCGUACAUGCUUACAACAAGAACAAAUUCAUUUUCAAAGCUCAUCGAUCAUGUGCGAUCAGCAGCCAAAGCAAAUUACCAACGGGGAGAAGUUUUGGAACGAGAUUUCUUCAAUCUCCGCAAGAUGCUGGUCAUUGUUUCUUUGGAUGGCGUGAUCUUUGGUCUGGAUAGCAGCGAUGGCUCGGUCGUUUGGCGCCAUUGGCUCGGCGACAAUUUUGCUCCAUUGAAAAACACUAUCGGCAAAGAGGAGGUAACU